AUCCUUCCUCUCCUCAUGCAAAAGAAAGAAGAAAGAAGGAGAUUUCUACAGUAGGAAGCUCCAUGGCAGCAAGUACAUUCGCCUUUCGUCGGCCUGAAGACACGGCACAUCUCGACCUUAUGCGGGCCGCUCUGUCGGAAUUCAUCUCCACCCUCAUUUUCGUCUUUGCUAGCGAAGGCUCCGCUCUCGCCCUCGACAUCGGAAAAAUGCCCAACGACACCAGUCCGGCAUCCAAUCUAGUGGCGGUGGCGCUGGCCCAUGCGUUAUCUUUGUUUGUAGCCGUUGCUAUCGCGUCCGAUAACUGGGAUGGCCAUGUGAACCCUGCAGUCACCUUCGGCGCACUCGUAAGCGGACGGGUCUCUCUCUUCCGCAGCUUUUUCUACUGGGUGGCUCAGAUCCUGGGCGCGAUCGUGGCUUCGCUCUUGCUGAGGAUUGCAACGGCCGGGCUGCGGCCAGUUGGGUUUUCUGUGGCGUCCGGCAUCGGUGUGUGGAACGCAGUCGUUCUCGAGAUCGUGAUGACGUUCGGGCUCGUUUACACCGUCUACGCAACAGGGUCCGUAACGAACAAGGCUCGAACAGGCAUCCUCGCGCCUCUAGCCAUCGGUUCCAUUGUAGGUGCCAACAUCCUCACAGGUGGACGGUUCGAUGGUGCUUCGAUGAACCCAGCCCGAGCUUUUGGCCCUGCACUUGUGGGACGGAGGUGGAAGAACCAUUGGAUCUAUUGGGUCGGUCCGUUCGUCGGCGCUGCCAUUGCUAGCGGCGUCUACAAAAUCCAGCAGUACUCUCCACGUCCAGACCAGCCUUCUGCACCUCAAGCUUACUAGUAAGCUGCAUGGUUAUACCAUAGCUUUACAAUAUUUUUAUAAUUUUAUUAAAUAAUGAAAACUUUCUAGCUUGGUUGAUGAUCUUUUUCGUGUUUUAUAAGUACGAUUUAAGAGAGAGAUUCUCUCGUCUUUACUUGAAAUUUGGUUAUGUUUCAUCAUGUGUAUAUGGAUU